GAUAAGAAUGCGUCAGAUACCGCGGGGUAUCGCGCACGUGUGCCUUGAUCAACAAAGAAUCGCGAAAACAGGUUCGAUAGGUGUAUUUAUCUGCUAUGCGACGUUACCUAACUAUACCGAUUUGUUUAUCCUUGAAAUGCAAACUGUGCCACGAUAUAAAUACGUCUUAGGAAUCAGUUUUCAAACCGUGCGUUGGACGUGCGUUGAAACACACAGGUAACAUAAAACCGAAUUAAUAACGAUUACGAACGCGUCCGCUACAGAUUAAAAAAGAACAAGACAGCUGGAGAAGCUGCAGGACGGACAACGGAGGAAGCCUUAUAGGCGUCACGGUAUCAAUAGGUACACCUCAGGAUGUACCGGAAAGGUGCAGAAUGCACAAAUUGCGAAGGGGACUGCGGCGAAGGGUGCGGUUGCAGGUCAUGUCUCGAAUGCAAUAAAUCGACAGAAAAUGUCCGUUCUUCCAACAUGGAUUUGGUGAAAAUACCCGUCAAGCUACCGGGACCCGGUUAUGUGAUGCAAAUACUCAAUUCCGGUUUGGGAAGCGACAAUUUAUACGAGGCAAAACUUCUGCUGGCCCCAGAGAUAGACAUGUCGUCUAUCAAGAUCACCGUGAAAGACGAUAACCUGAGGGUAUCAGCACAGCGGUCCCUGGGGGAACUCGCCCACGAGCUACCCGAUAUACUGGAAAAGUCGGCCCUGGGGGAUCUUGUGAAAAUGUCAAUAAAACACUCGGAGAAUUUUUUUAUACCGAAAUCUGUAGACGGCGACCAAAUGCGUGCAGUCAUGGAUAACAAGCAGAGGCUCCUGACCCUAACUGCGCCUCUGCAAAAGGUGUCCAAGAGCAAGAAUCGCAGCUACGGAUAGUGUUGAGUGUAAAAGUUGUGUGCUUUUCCCCUCCUUCAUCGCCGGGUGGUUCCUCCCGGGUCCUGAUCCAUUAUUCAUAAUAAAAAUGAAGUGUCGGGUGAUCCCUGCGAAGAAUGAUAGGAUGAAAAGUCGUUAUCAAAUUUUCACACUUGUAAAAUUCAAUACUUGGUUGAAAUUUGAAUUUACAUGAGUCCUAUUUUUUUACAUGGAAAUACUUAUUGCGACGUUUAACUUUUGAGCGGUUCUCUGCGCACAGCUUGUACCUGAAAAAUAUCCGACGUAGGACAUUCUGGAAAUCAUGACAAAUUAGGAAUGAUCUAUAAAUACAUGAUUAUUUAGCACUAAUUGAGGUUGUAAGCAUACAACGUGGGAAUUUAUUGUCCACGAAAUAAGUUUCAUGUAUCAAGUAUAAAUAUGUAUAGGUAUCUUAUUUUUCGUCAUAAUAUACUGGGUGUAAAUAUAAAACCAAGUUGAAAUUCUGGAAAUUAU